AUGAAAGGUAUACAAAAUUAAUUAGGGAAACCAACGGAAAAUGUCUUAUCUGAAAACAAAGCCAAGUUAUAACACAAAUCAUUCCAUGGUGAACAUGAAUAAAUUCUAUUUAAUCUUACAUCUUCUAUAACAGGAAAAUUCAUAAUUGUAGAAGCAUAAAGAUCGGUUAAAGUUUUAGAUCAGUUAAUUUAAGAUAUAGAAUUUUGCCUUUAUUUAGAUGCUGAAUUUAUUGCUCGUUUUUAAGUAGGAAAAUAUUCAAAAGAUUAAAAGCUUUAAAUCACAGAAGAAACUAUUAAAUUAUUACAAUUAUAAGCAGAACUUGAGUAAAAAUUUAAAGUUUAUGCUAAUUUUAAUAUCAUGAUUACUUAAGGAGAAGAGUUUGAUGAGUCUAAAAAAUAAGAAUCUGAAAAAUUAGAACAUUUAUUGUAAGAAAAUUUCAAGAAUUUGUUAAGAAGAAUGUAGCGUUGUCCAAAAGAUUUCGAAAUUCUUAAAGGAAUUAAAAGAAAUUUAAAUAUUGAAUUAAGUGAGUAUUUAUAUGGGAUUAAGUGUCUUAAAAUUUUAUUCCUGAAAGAACUAAGUAUAACAUAAGCUGAAAAGAACAUUUAAAUUUAACAAUUUUAAAACAUUAAAUCAAAAGUAUAUAUAUCUAUUAUGAAUUAAGGUAGAAGAACAAGAAAAGGUAAAAAGAUAAUUAGAAUAAGACUUAUAUAAUCUAAAGCAGUAAAAUUCUAUUAAUACUGAUGUAAUGAAAGCAGAAAUUGAAAAAUUAAAAUAAGCGCUACAAAAACUCAAAAAUGAAAAAAAGUAAUAAGUGAAUUCCCUGUAAGAUCAAUUAAAAUCCCAAUAUAAUAUUCUUGAAAAAAGUUAAUAAACUAAAAUAGAUUAAUUAUAGGCUGAACUUUAAGGUUUGAGAUCUAAAUUCAUUAAAUUGAGAGAUGAAAAUGCUUAAGAGGAAACUAAGCUCAAGAGACUUAAUAUAAUAUAAGAUUAGGCUUUAUAAGAGGGUGUUUAAAAUUAUGAUAUUAUGAUGGAAGAAACUAUUUAAAAGUUUAAUAACUUAUAGAAAGAAUGUUAACAUAUUGAGUAAUAAUUAAGAGAUAGAAAAUAAUACUUUUUAAUAGUUGAUGCUCAAAAAAGAAAGGAAAAAGAAUUAGAAGAAGAAUUUAAAAAAAAAAAAGAUGCUCAUUAUCUUUAGUAAUCAUAAAAAACAGAGGCAGCAAAACAUAUUUAGUUAUUUUUUAAAUCAUAUUAGAGUAUUCUUUAAAAUAUUAUUUAGCUUCUUAAAAAAAACCAAUCAAACUAAAAUAAGGAUGA